UGAAUCGACCAAAUCGCCGUGACAAGUCUCGAGAAUGUGGAGCGACACAAACAGCCCCUUCCGGCUAUUCUCUGUAGGCUCGGUUGUUCUUCUCCGCAAACGUCAACGACUCCUCAAUUCUGCGAUCCUUUCAUCUCGGCCGAAUUUCUGGGGUUUCAGAUGGUCUUAUCCAGAUAUUUGUCCUAGGAAUAUUAAUUAAAUGUCCUUACAUCGGCUCUAUCUAUAUCCUCAUCCAUGCAAGGGAGAGUCUCGUUGAUAAGUUUGGGGUUCCCAGGGCAUUUAUCCCUUCGUCCAGGUCACCACAUCAGAUCAGAUCCAGUACCAAUUCCAACCUAUUGAAGGUGAUAAUUCUCUUGUAAUGGCCAGCAAAGAGACAAACCACCAUUCCUCAUCAGAACAGCCAGAACUUAGCAAACAUGAUGUUGGUUGGAGGAGAAUCGUCCGUAAUUUCGCGCCAUCAUGGUUCUCGGUCACGAUGGGCACGGGAAUCGUGGCCGUCCUCCUCAACUCCCUCCCCUAUAAUGGGAUCUGGUUAUACUGGAUUUCCGUGGUGAUCUUCGCCCUGAACGUUCUUCUCUUCGGGAUAGGAUGCAUUAUAACUCUCCUUCGAUAUGUCCUCUAUCCGGAGAUUUUGCCGGCGGUCGUCAUGCAUCCAGUUCAGUCCAUGUUCCUCGGCACUUUUCCCAUGGGCCUUUCGACUAUCAUCGAUAUGGUCUGUUACGUCUGUGUUCCGGCUUGGGGUGAAUGGACCAGGAAUUUUGCCUGGGGAUUGUGGAUUUUCGAUGCGGUCGUUUCGGUCGUGACGACUUUGACUCCACCACUUUUGAUAACAAUCCGCGGAAACGAAGCGCCAUUGUCCUCCUUUACAGCCUCCUGGUUUCUCCCGAUCGCUAGCUCCAUCGUCGCCUCCUCCACCGGUGCUUUCGUGGCAGACGUCGUCACCAACCCACAACAUGCCCUCUGGACCAUAAUCGUCAGCUACGCCCUGUGGGGAAUGGGAAUGUCGCUCGCCAUGAUGGUCAUGGUGGUCUAUUUCCAGCGACUUGCUCUCCACAAACUCCCUCCCAAAGCUGUCAUCGUCAGCGUUUUCUUACCAUUGGGCCCAUUAGGCCAAGGCGCAUUUGUAAUCCUGAAACUAGGCGAAAUAGCCAAUCGAAUAUUCCCCGAGACGAACACCCUCCACCCAUCCGCUGGUCCGACCUUCUACACUAUCGGCUUCCUAAUUUCCCUUAUCCUCUGGGCUUUCGGUCUAGUCUGGCUCGUCUUCGCCAUAGCCUCGCUUUUACGCUGUAGAUCCUUCCCGUUUAAUAUGGGUUGGUGGGCGUUUGUGUUCCCGCUCGGUGUGUAUGCGAACAGCACAUGUCAGAUGGGGGUAGAGAUGCCUUCGGCGUUUUUUAAUGUGCUUGGUACCAUUCUCUCGCUAUGUGUGCUGAUCCUGUGGAUAGCUGUCAGUAUCCCGACAAUCAUGGGUGUGCUAUCUGGGAAGUUAUUCGUCGAGCCGGCCUUGGCUGAUCUAAAGGCCAAAGAGGAGGCGAAGAAGAGGUCAAACCUUGCAUGACAUCUAUCAUGUAUAUACCUAUAUUCCUCAGGAUCUUUUGUGUUUGUUCUAUACCCUUUUUUUUAAAUAUUAUGUGUAUCAAGAGAUGCUUUGAUUACAAUCUACAGGUUCAGAGAAUACCAUCC